ACGGGACGCGGCGGGGCCCGGACCAGCCAUGGACGGGCCCCCCGCCGCCCCCUCCUCGGACCCCGAGCGGCAGCCGGAAGAGCCCGAGAGCCCCCCGGGACCCCUCCACGGUCCCGCUCCAGGCGGGGGGCGGGCGGGAACAGGCGGGGGGGUCCCGGGGGGGCUUCUGGCGCUGCCCCCGGAGGUGCUGCUGCGGAUCUGCGGGUUCCUGCGGGCGCGGGACGUGCGGCGGGUCCUGCCCCGGGUGUGCCGAGCGCUGCGGGACCUGGCCCGAGACAGCCUGUCCUGGCGACUGAGGCUCCAGCAGUGCGCCCGGCGCCCCCUCCCCCCGCUGCCAGAGUCGGGGUUCGACUGGGCGGCCGCGUGCGAGGACCUGGAGGAGCACCUGGAGCGCUGGGGGGCCGGGGGGGCCCCCAUGGAGCACUUCUCCCUGGACGAGGGCCACUUUGCCUCCGUGGACUCCGUCCUGCUGCUGCAGGGAGGCUCCCUGUGUGUCUCGGGGGGCCGUGACCGCAACGUGAACCUUUGGGACCUGCGGGAGCUGGGCCAGAGCCCCCCCGGGAAGGUGCUGGUCAAGGCUCUGGGCUCAGGGCGCAGUGGGACACACAAGGGCUGGGUUUGGUGCUUGGCCGCGCGCGGGUCCCGCGUCUGCUCCGGCUCUUGGGACAGCACUGUCAAACUCUGGGACCUGGAGGCUGAGGGGCAGCAGUUCGGGGAGAUAAGGGAGAAGGCGGCCGUGCUGUGUCUCUCAUAUGGCCCUGACAUUCUCGUCACCGGCACCUACGACAAAACCGUCACCGUGUACGACCCCCGAGCCGGGCAGGCCCAGGUGGGCAGUUACAAGCCCCAUGCCAACGCAGUGCUGGCCCUGGCGGCCGACGAGCGACUCAUCGUGUCAGGCAGCGAGGACAGAACCCUGGUGGUCUUCGACCGCAGGGCUGGGGGUGUCCUGCAGCGCCUACAGCUGGACAAUUACCUGCUGUCCAUGUCCUACGGGGGGUCCCAGCUCUGGGCCGGGGACAACCAGGGCCACGUUUACCUCUUUGGCAGCACCGGCGGCGUUUUCCAGCCCCUACGGUACUUCGACGUGGGGCACCAGCUGCAGAUCACGGGGCUCUGGCACUCACUGGGAUCUCUCUACACCACGAGUACCGACAAGACCCUCAGGAUCCACAUCCCCACCGACCCCCCCCGCACCAUCUGCUCCUGGACACACGACGACGUCCUGAACGGGAUCAGCGUGGACGGGGACGUGGUGGCCGCGGCCUCGGGUGGGCUCUCGGUCGAGGUUUGGAGGCUCCGAACCUGACUCAGGGCCAGGGGGAUCCCUCCUGCCGGGGAGGGGGGCUCAGCGCGAA